AUGAGUUCAUCAUCUGCCUUAUCGGGUAAUCUCAUCCUGCAGAUACUGUCGAGAUUGCCUCUAAAGUCAGUUGCCAGGUUUCGUUGCUUGUCGAAGCACUGGGCAUCAAUUUUAGGUAGUCCAUAUUUCAAGGAGUUGUUCCUGACCAAUUCCUUGUCUAAGCCGCGCCUCUUAUUCGCCAUCGCAGAAAACGGCAAUGAACACGAAGAGAUGGGCAUCAAUGUGUGGAGGUUCUUCUCGUUGCCUCAGUUUCAGAAUUCAUAUGAGAAAUCGUCGUCGGCUACUGUAGAAGCCGCCGAAUAUCAUGUGAAGUUCUCUCUAGACAAUUUAACUAUCAAUCAUCAUACUAACCUAAAAUAUUUUUCAUGUGGUUGCGCCUCUGGCUUGAUCUAUUUCCAUGGUAAUCGAUACGAAGGUAGACCUGUGAUAUGUAACCCCAACACUGGACGGUAUGCAAUCUUGCCUAAACGGUAUAGUUACAGGAAAGCGUAUAGCUUCUUCGGGUUUGAUCCGAUUGGCAAGCAAUACAAGGCAUUGUUUAUGGCUUACCCAUCUGGUCCUGGUCAUCAUAGAAUUCUUACAUUUAGAGCUGGAGGUUUGAGGUGGAGAAAGAUAAAAUGUCCCUUACGACAUGAUAUUAAGAGUGAUGGGGUGUGCAUCAAUGGUGUUUUGUAUUACUUAGGUGGUGACCGUAACUUGUCUGGUUGGAGUCAGAAUAAAUCUCAGAAUGUAAAGUCUGAUUAUGUGAUAGUUUGUUUUGAUGUUCGGUCUGAAAGAUUCACCUUUAUUUACGUAGAAAGGAUUUGUCGGUUGAUAAACUACAAGGGCAAAUUAGCUGUGAUUUACUGGGAGGAUGAUGUCGACAUUUAUGAGCUUCUUCAUUUGGAUAAUGAUGUCUACACUUAUUGGGAGAAAAAGCGCAACAUUGGUGUCAUUAAUGAGUUGCGUUUGUGGGUUCUAGAGGAUGUAGAGAAACAGGAAUGGUCGAAACAUGCCUACACUUGGACCGAUGAUAAAUUCUUCCGUCACCAAGUUUCCAUUGUUGGAUCGACAUAUUCGGGUGAAAUAGUGUUUUCGAUGCGCAAGUAUACAUGUGGACAACCGUUUUAUGUUUUCUACUUCAGUCCCGAGAGGAACACUCUCCGACGUGUUGAAAUCCAAGGUUUUGGUGAAGGGUUUAAGAAACCUUGUAGCGUUCGCACCUUUGUAAACCACGUUGAGUAUCCUAAUAUUAAUGGUUUAGAACUGCUCAAGUCAUUUCCUGCUCCAUUUGGGGACACAGAUAGUUCAGGCACAGAUUCAGAGGACUCAGACAGGGAAGGGAUAACCGGAUAAGGCCAAGGCGUAUAUAUCCUUGGAGUAGGAGAAAGCAAUGAGCAUUGUUAUGUUUUGCGUUUUGCGUUUUGCGUUUUGUUUGGUCAAACCUUAAUUAUCUAUUCGUUUAUUUACGCUCUUUUGUUUUGUACC